AUGUGCUCCUGCCAGGACAAAGACCAGUGCCACCGGCAAGAACGAUCCUCAUGCCACAGCAGUGAAGGGUGUCACAGGAGCAGUGGAGGAUCUGGAUGCCACAGGAGCAGUGGAUCUGGAUGCCACAGGAGCAGUGGAUCCGGAUGCCAUGGGAGCAGUGGAUCCGGAUGCCAUGGGAGCAGUGGAUCCGGAUGCCAUGGGAGCAGUGGAUCUGGAUGCCACAGGAGCAGUGGAUCCGGAUGCCAUGGGAGCAGUGGGGGAUCCUGCCAUGGAAAGCCACAGGAUUGCCAGCAGCAGAUUUAUCAAGUAUCCUCAAAGAUGAAGUGA